AGUGAGAAUAUUGGCAGAUAAUGGCGGAGAGGGGGCUAUUUCUUGAAUUAGGGAAAAGCAUGUUCCUCCUGGUUACAAUGCCAUUUUCGUUGUUCAAAAGUAUAUGUUUGUUUGGCGUGAGAGCAGUUUUUCUAGCUGCCCACACUUGGAUACUUCUGGUGAAGGCCAUAAUCAGCUUCCAAGUGGGUAUAUGCUGUAAAGUUAUAAUUUGGACAGUUGGACUGGUAUCUCUUCCAUUACGAAUUCUGAAUGCACUGCAAAGGGAAAGGCUGCUAGAAGCCCAUCUGCAUGAGCUGCAAAUUCAGUUGGAGAAUCUUGUGUGGGAUAAGAUGGAAGCUGAAGAGCUGUUGCAACUAGCCCUUAAAGACUCUAGAAUUUUGGAAACAAUAUUAGCAGAACUUGAAGAGGACCAUGAAAAAGCCAUUGCCAAGAUUGAACUAUUAGAAAAUCAGCUACAGGAUCUCAAGGAUGAUAACCUUCGAUGGAAUGAGGUACAGGGGAAGGGCCUUUGGGAAUUCAAAUCUCGAGAUGUCCCAGUUGGCUGCCUUGAUGUCCUGGAUGUAAAAGAUAAUGGUGUUCCACUGGAAACCAAGUAUGGGGUCCAAUCAUUAAAAACCGGUGGAAGUGGCGCGAUCCUCCAAGAUGUGAUGAUGCAUAGAGAUGCAUGGGAAGAUGAGAUCACAGGCAAAACCCAAUCCCCUGAUUUUCUCAAGAUUGGACCAAGGGUUGUCCCAACAUCUCUGAUGGUAGAUGAGGUAUUUGACCAGCGCAAGGGGGUUGCGCUAUCACAGAGUAUCUUCAGUGCAAUCCUAUCGCUUAUGGUUGGAAUGAUAAUAUGGGAGGCUGAAGACCCCUGCAUACCUCUUGUGGUAGCGCUUUUCACUGUAGUUGGUAUUUCUUUGAAAAGUGUUGUGCAGUUCUUCUCCACAAUAAAUAACAGGCCUGCAUCUGAUGCAGUAGCUCUCUUGAGCUUCAACUGGUUCAUUCUUGGCACACUAACCUAUCCAACCUUGCCAAGAGUUGCCCAUAUGUUGGCUCCACUUGCUGUAAACCUAAAGGAUCGUGUAGUUUGUUGGUUUGGUCAUUCUGCAUCUUAGCUUGCUUUGUGAAAAAUUUCCCCUUUUAACAUAUUUGUCAUGCACUCUUACUGUAGAUGUUGGAUGCUAUAAAAGUUCCACAUUACAGAUGAUGUUAGACAUGUGCAGUGGGAGUUCUUGGUCAUCCAUGUAAUAGCUCUCUUUGCCAACUUUGUUUUAAAUGUGGAGUUUCUUCCUUGUUUUAUGUAACUGAUACCUUAUGCGAGAUUGAUCCUUAUCAAUUUCAAGCUGGAAUAGGUGGUGGUAC